AUGGGAAAACUUUUAUUGAUCCUUUCCAUUUUAGUGCUUCUAUUGUUCUCCAUAGCAGCUACAAUAACUAUCCCGGCGGCGUUCGACGGCGGAGAUGGGAUUUGUAAUUCAAUGGUGGAAUCACAAGGAUAUACUUGCCAAGAACACAAAGUGACGACAGAAGAUGGUUAUAUUCUUAGCCUGCAAAGAAUUCCGGUGGGAAUUUCAGGCAACAAAGCAACUAAGCCUCCCGUCCUUUUACAACAUGGGCUCUUUAUGGAUGCAGUAACUUGGGUGUUGAACCCUCCAACUGAAUCUUUGGCAUUUAUCCUAGCGGAUGAUGGGUAUGAUGUUUGGCUAGCCAACACGCGGGGAACCAACUAUAGUCGCGGCCACACAUCACUUAGCCCUAAUGACAAUGACUAUUGGGAGUGGUCGUGGGAUGAAUUGGUGGCUUAUGAUUUGCCUGCUACAUUGCAGUAUGUUCAUGAUCAAACUGGCCAGAAUAUGCAUUAUGUUGGCCACUCUCUGGGAACUUUGAUUGCAUUUUCUGCCCUUUCGGAACAUAAGCUAUUGAAUUUAUUGAGAUCGGCAGCUCUCCUCAGUCCUAUUGCUUACUUGGCGCAACUGAGGUCAUCUAUUGCCAAAUUCGCGGCUAAUGCUUAUAUAGCUGAAGCUUUGUAUAAGACGGGGAUGCGUGAAUUCGACCCUAGAGGAGAAGCUGUUACAAAAGUUUUAGAAGAUAUCUGUAAAAAAUCAAACAACAAUUGCAGCGACUUGAUGAGCUCAUUUACCGGUCCAAAUUGUUGUGUCAAUUCCUCGACGAUGGUUAUAUUGCUGGAGCAUGAACCUCAAUCCACCGCUACAAAGAACUUGAUUCACAUAGCACAAAUGGUGAGAGAAGGGAGCAUAGCAAUGUAUGAUUAUGGAAGCGAGAACGAAAACAAUAAGCACUAUGGUCAACCCACUCCCCCAGCUUACGCCAUGGCAAACAUCCCCGACGACUUCCCUCUUUUCCUCGGUUAUGGUGGGCAAGACUAUCUAUCCGACGUUAACGACGUUAAAACUUUGUUGGACCAACUUCACGAUCAUCAUGGUGAUAAGUUACUGAUCAAGUUCAUAGAAGACUAUGCACAUGCAGAUUUCGUGUUUGGUGAAAAUGUUAAAGAGCUUGUGUAUGAUGAUGUUGUGAAUUUCAUUCAAGAUUAUUAGUCGAGUUAAUAUUAGAUCAUAAGUAUGCUUUUUUACUUUCC